UAUCUUUUAAUAAAAUGCCCCGAGUUAGUGUUUAAUUUGUUGCUAUCAUUCAGUCAUACUAAAGUCUUCUCUUUCUUUCUUACCCUUUUUGGUCUCUCUUUUUCUUCUUCACUUUCCCUUCUUUCUGCCCACAGCUUCUUAUCUUUCUCUUCCUGGCAGUUGUAAGUUGCAAUGAAGGGUGGAAAAGGAAAAGGGGCGUUGAGAAAAGAAACAAGGUCGGCACUGAAGCCUGUUGAGGAUCGAAAGAUGGGGAAGAGAAAAGCCACGUUGAAGGACGACAAAAGGAAGGUCAAGAAGGAUAAAAAGGCCAAAAAGGAUCCUAAUAAGCCUAAGAGGCCUCCAAGUGCCUUCUUCGUAUUCCUUGAGGAAUUCAGGAAGACAUUUAAAAAGGAGAAUCCUAAUGUGAAGGCUGUAUCAGCUGUUGGGAAAGCUGCAGGAGAAAAGUGGAAAUCUAUGAGCGCAGCUGAAAAAGCACCAUAUGAAGCCAAAGCUGCAAAAAGGAAGGCCGAGUAUGGCAAGCUCAUGAAUGCUUACAACAACAAGCAGCCGGAAAGCUCAGAUGAUGAGGGCGAAGGCGAAGAAGAAGAAGAAGAAGAAAGGUCAAAACCUGAGGUACAUGAUGAAGAUGCGGAGGAAAGUGCGCAGGGCGAAGAGGACAACGACGACGAAGAGGAUGAAGAUGAGGAAGAUGAUUGAAGUUAUGUUUUCCUUGGUCCAUGACAAACAUUAUAGUUUUUGUACUUAUGCCAUCUGGUAUGGGUUGGGUGAACGUAUGUAUUUUUGUUGUAUUUUCUGUUAACCUAGUUGAGUUACGCAGUUUGCUGAAACUCGGUCCUAUGAACUUGUAUAUAUAUAUAUAUGACGAUACGUGAUAUAUGGCAUGUAUGUCAUAUAUCACGUUGGCUUUGACUGGCA